AUGAACAGCGAAGAUGCUCCGGAAUGGGUGAAGGCGAUAAACACGGAACUCAAAGCUCACUUAGAGAACGUCGCCAAUGCUCCAGUGUAUAUCCACAACGUAUACUCGCCAGUUAACGAUCAUGACAGAGCCGUUUUUUUUACCAUCUUCCGGUCGAUCGUUUCGAAGACACUGCAACACACAUCGUUCUUGGUGACUUAA